AUGUCUUAUCUCGAGCACAUCAAAAGCUCCCAUUCCCACUCUCUUUCCCACUCUCAUCCACACUCAGGCCCUGGCAUCCGCAAGCCCUCGGUCACUACCGUCCUCCCCAAUGGCGAUGUCCCGAAUUUCGAGGGCCUCAGUGCAGACGAAGCUGCGCUCGUAGCUCUCGGCUAUAAACAGGAGUUCAAGAGAGAGUUCUCGCUAUGGACGAAUUUUUGCGUGUCGUUUGCCGUGUUGGGGCUGCUGCCGAGUUUUGCCAGCACCCUGUACUAUGGAAUGGGAUAUGCCGGGACGGGAGGCAUGGUUUGGGGGUGGUUGAUCGGCUGGUUUUUCAUCCAGUGCGUCGCUAUGGGGAUGGCAGAGUUGUGUUCGAGUAUGCCGACCAGUGGCGGACUGUACUACGCAGCAGCGGUUCUUGCGCCCCCGGGUUAUGGACCCUUUGCAGCGUGGAUCAUCGGGUGGUCGAACUGGAUCGUCCAGAUCACAGGAGCUCCCUCGGUGGACUACGCUCUCAGCGCCAUGGUCCUGGCCGCAGCGUCCAUCACGCACCCAUCCUACGUGGCGCAAGACUACCAGGUCUUUCUGCUCACGGUCUUCGUGAUGGUGAUCCACAGCUGCAUUUCCAGUAUGCCAACCCUCUGGAUCGCGCGCUUCAACAGCUACGGCUCGACCAUGAACAUCAUCGCGCUGUUCGUCGUCAUCAUAAUGAUCCCAGCCUCGGUUACAGGCACAGAUACGACGCCCAAAUUCUUCCCGAGCAGCCAGGUCUGGAGUAUCCAGAACGGUACGGACUGGCCGGACGGAGUUUCGGUGCUGAUGUCGUUCAUUGCCAUAAUCUGGACAAUGUCCGGUUACGAUGCUGCCUUCCACCUCUCGGAAGAAUGCAGCAACGCGAACGUCGCCGCGCCCCGAGCCAUCGUCAUGACAUCCGGUGUUGGCGGCCUCUUAGGUUGGACUCUUCAGCUCGUGGUGGCUUACACCGUCAUCGACAUCCCCGGGGUGAUGGACAGCGACCUGGGCCAACCAUGGGCGUCGUACCUCAUCGAAGUGAUGCCGCGCAACACUGCCCUGGCGAUCCUGUCCAUCACGAUCGUCUGUGGCUUCUUCAUGGGCCAGGGAUGCAUGAUCGCGGCGUCCCGAGUCACCUUCGCUUACGCGCGCGACGACUGCUUCCCCUUUUCCUCGUGGAUCAAGCAGGUCAACAGACACACCUACACGCCCGUUAACGCGGUGUGGUUCAACUGUGCCAUCGGCUGCUGUCUCCUCCUUCUGAUCUUCGGGGGUUCAGUGGCCAUUGGCGCCAUCUUCUCCGUGGGAGCCAUCGCUGCUAUGGUCGCUUUCACGAUUCCCAUCUUCAUCCGCGUGUUCUUCGUCGGCGACAGGUUCCGUCGUGGACCAUGGCACCUGGGCAAGUUCAGCAAGCCGAUUGGUGGUUGUGCUUGUGCGUUCAACUUGGUGAUGAUGCCGAUUCUGUGCUUUCCGAGUGUGAGGGGAAACGAUUUGACGGCCGAGUUGAUGAAUUGGACGGCGGUUGUCUAUGGGGGACCGAUGUUUAUCGUCACGGCCUGGUGGUUUAUAUCAGCACACAAGUGGUUCAAGGGCCCUGCCAUCAAUGUCGAGCAUCACAUGCUCGAUCGAGACCAUGCCGUAGUCGAAAGCAUCGACAGCGGCGAUACUGGAGCGCCCAGCUUUCCAGGCAAGAAGUUCUUAAAGAAACUGGACCAAGAUCAUGCCGAGGACGAGGCCGAAGCCCAUGAAGAUGCAGGUGAUCAGCAUUAUGAUUGCUAUCAAACUAGUCAAGCAACCGUCAUGGAGCGGCACAGCAUAGCCCGUGGGUACCCUCCCCCAGAUUCUGAUAUUAAUCCAUCAACCUCAACCCCAGGAGCCGCACAUCGCCGUAUUGGAUACAAUCAGCGGCUGCGGCUGUGA